AUGGCCAGUUUCAUCAAAGAGCGCGACUUCGGUCCAGUUCCCAUCUUCGCAGAUGCUCUUGGCGAAUUCUAUCUCAACGAACUUACUGCGAUUGAAGAACAGUACCACAAGCUCCCCGAUGUAGUUCUGCUGGAUGCUAAGUUCAAAACGAGCUCCCUAUGGCUGUCAGUGGCCCUAUGCUAUUCAAAUGAUCGAAUACUGAUAACGUUCUGGGACUAG